UUCAGCCCUAAUUUUGCUCUUGUACUAUUUCUCUUUCCCAAAGAGAAAGGUGUCAUCUCUGAUCUCUCAACCAUGAACAACUCGGGCAUGUCAAAAGACAAACGUGGGCCUUGGUACUCGAGCUGCACAGGCGUCUUCUGGCUCGUCGAUGAAAUUGAAACCGGAGCCCCUAGUUCUCAAUUGAUUUAUUGUUAUGUCCGAUCAGCUCUGCAGAGAAUGGGUUAUCUUGGUAGUCAGAUGACAAUCUGGGCUUUUGGUCCUAAGGAGCAGAGCUUGGAAAGUGCUUCUGAUAUCACCUUCUCAUACGAAGCCAUCGAAGAUAAAGACAAUAGAGUUCAUAAGAUGUUAUUUCGCAUUAUUACAUAUGGAGCUUGCUAUUCUGAUGAGGAAGGAAGAAGUGUGAUGGUUAUCACAAAAAGCCCCCCAAAAGAAGACGACGAGUUGCUCAGGGUUCUUCGCGCUUUGGAAACCAGAGGUUACGAUGUUCUCUUGGUUCAGCCUCCUCAUGAUGAUGAUGAGGCACAUGUAUUUUCUUCUCCAGACUCAAUCUUUAAGUGUACUACAUUCUUAGAUGGUUCAAGUCCUAUCGACUUUGACCUUCCCGGUGAAGAAUCUAGCGUUAGCUGGGAAACUGUUUCUUCUGAUCCGGAGAACCUAGACGACGAGUCAAACACCUCUCAUCUCUCAACCAUGAACAACAACUUGGCCAUGUCAAAAAUAAAAAGUGGUGAGAGUAAUUACACACGCGUCUUCUGGAACAUGGACGAUUACCCAAUCCCUAAAGAUAUCAAGCCUAGAUUGAUUUAUAAGACCAUUCUAUCAGCUCUUGAGAGAAUGAGAUGUAAUUGUUAUAAGUUCGAAAUCUUGUCUUAUGGUGAGAAGAUAGACCAAGACGAUGACGAGUUAGAUGAAUAUUACGAAGCUGGAAUAUUGUACCUCAACCACAACUUUCCAGAUAAUCAAUUGUUACGGGAAAUGGUUUUUGGAUGCUCAAAGUCCAGUAAACCAUUAAAUUUGAUGGUAAUCUCUAAAAGUAUCCCUCAAGACAAGGAGUCCAGAAGAAUCCUGUGGGCUUUGAAAUCAAGAGGUUACAAUGUUCUCUUAGUACAGCCUCAGCCUGAAAGCAGCCAAGAGUUAUUUCUUCAUGAUGAUCCAGACCUGCUAUGUUGUUCUACAUAUCUAUUAGACGGACGAAAGGCUAUGGACCAAAGUGGAGGAGCCUCAUCUUCUUCUUCACUAGUUGCCAAUACUUCUCGCUCCAACUGCCAAGAUUUCUCCGAGCCUAUCACACAUGUCUCAGGGACUAAGACAGGCAUCUUCUGGGACAUCAACGAGUGCCCAUUCCCCUAUGGUCUUGAUCCUGAAACCAUAUUUGAUAGAAUCAAAUUGGCUCUUGAGGAUCAUGGUGUUUUUGAUGGUGUGAUAUCUAUAUGGGCUUAUGCUGAAAGGAUACCACCGUUCUCGGAUGAAAUGCUAGAUACCUAUCACAAAUCAAGAAUCUAUUUCGUUCCCCAAGUUCCCGGGGAUAAAACUGCAAGAGUUCUUAGGAUGGUACAUGAUACUGAAUUAUGGAACCUGGACUUUCCUGUAGACUAUCCUCAACAAUCAAAUCUGAUCGUAAUCUCAAAUGACAUCAGCAACCAAGGAUUUAUUCACUUGACCACUUUUCUUAAAAAUAUGAAUGCGAGAGGUUACUAUACUUUCUUAGUACAGCCUAUGGAUAUUGCUCAAGAAAAGCUCACUGUCCCAGACUGGCCAAGAGGUAUAUUAGAUAAAGCUUUUGAUUUCAGCAAAAGAGUAUUUGAAAAGACGCGGAUGAAGAGGGUGAAGAAAAAGGCAGCAGAAAAGCCUGAAAUCUCUCCCGUCAAUACCCAAGAAGACUCCUCUCUCGUCAAAACCAUGAUCAGACAAGAUUUCUCCAAGCCUAUGCAACCUGUCUCAGGGCCUAGGGUAGGCGUAUUCUGGGACCUCAAUGAUUACCCAAUUCGUCUUGGGUCUAAUCCUAAUCGGAUCUAUCAGAGAAUCGAAUUGGCUCUUGAGCAAAAAGGUUAUUAUGGUGUGAUGUCUAUAUGGGCUUAUUAUCCUGAGGAGGAACCUAUCCCAGACGUCCAGCGGGAUCUUUAUCAGAAAGCCGGAAUCUAUUUCGUUCCCAAAGUUCCAGCGGAUAAAACUGCGAGAGCUCAUAGGAUGAUACAUGACAUGUUUUUGUGGGCAAUGGACACUGAAGUGCACUAUAUUCCAGCACCAAGUGUAAUCGUCAUCUCAAAUGACAUUCCAGGAAAGGUCAACUUCACCUAUUGUCUUUCCUGUUUGCAUGGUGGUAGAUUCUUGAAUGCUAUCUUAGUAGAGCCUAAAAAGCUCGUAUUAGAUCCCCAAAAAGUAACAGCAACUUGGCCAGAAUGCGUAUUAGAUGUUGGUGAGACUUUUGGCGAAUAUUUUUGGCCAACUCCCAGUGACACUAAGCAGAAGCGGAUGAAGAAUAGUGAGGAAUCACCCAAAACAGAAGAGGGGAGCUGCACUGAUUAUGAUAUAUUGAGAUAAGCAUAUAUCAGACUAAGUUGUUAUUUAUUCUGUUUUCAACUAUUUAGUCCGAUGUUAUGUUUUACACAACACCGAAGUGGGAGCUGAUCUUCCUUUUUCUUUUCUUUCUUUUGGCUUUGUAUCCUAAGUAAUUUAGUGGAUGAAUAGAAAUCUAUAUUUUUAAUGCUUUAUGAUUUAAUUUGUUCUA